CUGGCUCCUCCGUAUUUGUUUUCGUAAUAAACAUAUUUAUAAACUUUUAACAAAGAGAAAGAAUUGACGCAAAAUUUGACCACCUCUCUCAGCUCUCGCUUUCCACGAUCUCUUUUCUGUUGGCUUAUUGUCUUUGUUGGUUGCUCCCAACUUCCCUGAUUCCCGAUGGAUUUGGAAUCCUAUUAGAAAUUUAGAACAUUUCCGACAAGAUGCAUUGUCGAUAGAAUUUAUCCUAACCUUAUUAAAAAAAAAACCCAGUUCGAUUCAUUCUCUUAUUCAUCUUAUCCCGUCAGCAAAUUGAAGAGUUAUCUACUUCCAGCGACAAAAAAUGUCAGAAAGAAUGGAAUUAGUGUUGGAUUCAAAUUCAACAGAAUUGCCACAUCUGGAAAUCCAGCUGCCAGAAGCCUGUGACGGACAUAAGCACCACUCUCAUCAGCUUAAGUUUUCAUGUAGUCAUGUAUGUUCAUUUGCAAAUGAAGAACAUGGUAGUACAGAAUCUGCAGAACGAUCGAAGUCAAAGGUUAAACUUUUAGGGCUCAUAAUCUUUUACUCAAUAGUCAUGAUAGUUGAGGUUGUGGGAGGAAUGAAAGCCAACAGCCUUGCAGUACUCACUGAUGCAGCACACUUGCUUUCCGACAUUGCUGGAUUUUUCAUCUCUCUUUUUGCCGUAGGUGUAGCAGGUUGGGCAUCAACUCCCCAACAGUCAUUCGGAUUUAGUCGCCUCGAAGUUCUUGGAGCUCUUAUUUCGGUACAGCUGAUCUGGAUCGUCUCUGCCAUCCUGAUAUACGAAGCAGUAAACAGAAUUGUCCACAAAAAUGAAAAAGUGGAUGGGGGACUCAUGUUUGCGAUUGCUGCAUUCGGAUUCAUGGUGAAUUUUGUCAUGAUUUUCUGGCUUGGACAUGAUCAUUCUCAUCAUUUUCAUUCUCAUAAUCAUGCAUGCGGAGGUGAUCACCAUGAUCAUGAUCAUGAUCAUGAAACACAGGGAUUGUGCUCUAUGUCUGGAGAAGAUGCUAAACAUCUUGUACCAGAUUCCCAACCCAAGACAAAGUUCUUAAACAUAAAUAUUCAAGGGGCGUAUUUGCAUGUUAUGACUGACUUGAUCCAAUCUAUUGGGGUGAUGAUAGCCGGAUUUAUCAUAUGGCUGAAGCCAGAUUGGUUGAUUGUCGAUCUGUUCUGCACUCUCAUAUUUGCCAUUUUCGCACUAAGCACAACCAUUCCAAUGCUGAAAAGCAUAUUCAGUAUAUUGAUGGAGGAGACACCCAGCGAGAUUGACAUUGUUCUACUCGAAAAUGGGUUGAAGUGCAUCAAGGGAGUACAGGAUGUGCAUGACCUUCAUGUUUGGUCCAUUACAUCUGGAAAAUUUGUAUUAGCAUGCCACAUAGUGAUCAGAACUGGAGUUGAUCAAAAUGAAAUUCUACACAAUGUUAGGGAAUAUUGUGAGAAAACUUUCAGAAUUCAUCAUACUACUAUCCAAAUUGAACCAGAAGCAUGCUAAAUACUAGCAUUUCCUUCUUAUUCCAUUCUCCCA